UAAAUGUGGUAUAAAUUGAAAAUUCCUUGCGUAAUCUUUUUCCAUGUUUUUCUCUUUUCCCAUCUGUGGCAGCUACAAUAAGCUGAGAUUGUGUAAGAAUGUAGAAUGCAUAAAAGCAAAUUUCGAUCGCAGAAACAUUGCGAUAAUAAACAGUCUAGCGAGAAUGUCAUGCAACGUUAAAAACAUUUGGAUUCUGUCAAUGUUCUUUACUGAAAUACUUAAACAAGUCAAUCUACAAUAUGCGAUGUCAAUGUUCGGGCCACCGAUGUUUCCAAUGCCUAUGUACCCAGUACCAGCUCCAAUGCCCAUGCGGGUAUCACCUUCAGGUUCUUCAUCCUCGUCAGAAGAAAGUAGUAGUACAACAACAGCAGAAACAACAACAUCAUCAACAACGAAGAAAACAAAAAGAAAAGUACACGUGGCGUUUCCUUUACCAAUGCCUCAACCAAUGGCGUUUCCAGCUGUUCCACCGAUUAUAUGUCGAGGACCAUCAUCUAGGACCAAAAAAACAACACCACGUCCUUCGCAAUCACUACUUCCAAUUAUAGCUCCACAAUCAGUCGUGAUAGUACCAUAUCCACAACCUCGACCUGUGUACGUGAAUCCUCCACGACGCAGACCGAAAAAGAAAUUAGUAACUAUUUGUUCAUCUUCCUCACAGCAAUCAACGGAUUCCAGUAGUUGUGAGUAUAACCGUCCAAGAAGGAAGCUCAGAAAACGUAAACGACAAAAUAUUUAUAGGAGAAGUCUUCGAAGUUCAGAAAGUGAUAACGAGUUAUUAAAACCAAUGCUGAGUUACGUAGCAGAAAACGGUGAUGUUAAAUUCGAAACUAAGAUUAGCAAUGAUGACGUUGCCGAAUUACUUCGUGGAAAAGAUAAAUCAAAGAGAAGACAUGAAACAGUGCAAGUGUUGACUAAUACCGAUGAAACGAAUAAGCCACAAGUGGUCGUAUUAUCAAAUGAAAAAGAAGCGCGUAGGAGUGGAUCAGAUCGCCAUAAAAAGGUGUUUCUGAAGGGUGGUGUAUCAAACCACGUGUUAAGUGAUGGAAAGAAAGAAUUAAUAUUUAGACCACCUGAUAAUAAGAAGAUCAGCAAUCUGUCAGUGUCGUUUCAAAUAAGCUAAGAAACGUGAUUUAUGUAUCGCUUACAUAUGUAUAUGUGUGACAUUAUAAAAAAAAAUCGAUGAAUUUUCUAGAUAUCAUGUUCACCCAUUCAUAAAUAACUAUAAAGAAAUGUGUCGGCAUGUCACUUUCUGUCGUCAAAACUGUUCGUAGCUAAUAAAUAGAUAUUUUUUUACAAAAAAAAUGCAUUGAAUAUGUAACAAUAAUUUGUAUGUAAUAACUUGUUCCGGUGGAUUUCAUAAGGGGCUUCGAAAUAACACCGUACAACAUAAUUUUUUUUAUAUAUAAUAUUUUUGAUAAGUAUUAAUAAUAAUUUCAUAA